GCUUAUCGUCAGGGGAUGCACACAUAGAAGCCUCGAUGGCCAAAGGCGCAGGACGGUCUCGACCUGAUGUUGAAUUCUGGUGUAGGACUUAGUGUUGACUGCUUUUCGAGUUUGAACUUACGGAGUCGUGGUCAAGCUAUCAAAUUUAGAGCACUAAGUAAAAGAACGUUGGUCAAGGCUUUUGUUUCGGAACUGCAGAGAGGAUGAUGCGGGAGAUUAGCAAUUCGACGCUACGGAUUGAGCGUGAUGUGUCCAAGCUUGCUCACGGCAGUGCGAGUUUUACUUUGGGAACAUGCUCGGUUGUCACCAGCAUCUCUGGCCCCAUGGAGGCCAAGCAACGCGACGAACAAGCCGAAAAUGCCACGCUAGAUUUCAGUGUCAAUGGCUUGAAAGGAGGCAACGGUAUUAGCCAAAGAGCUUGGGCUGCAUCCCUCCGCGAGCUCUUUUCGAGCGUCGUGCUCCUUCACAUGCAUCCUCGUUCGCUCAUCCGAAUAUCGUCCCAGCUAGCAAGCGAAGGCAAUAAUUCUUUAACAGCUUCUUAUUUUAAGAAAAAUCAUUCACUCCCUCCUCUCGACCGCGGUGCCGCUUUCCAGCCGUCACACAAAGCAGCGUGCAUCAACGCGACAUCGGUGGCAUUGAUUGUUUCGGGCAUACCCUGCAAGUCAACCGUCGCUUCUGCCUGCUGUGUUUCCAUCGAGGGUCGAUAUGAAUCAGAAACAGGGGGUGACCGACGACAACGGCGACGAAAUCUGACGACGCAUCCAACACCAGAGGAUGAGCAUACAGCUAGUAACACAUGGCUCAUGGCCUUUGCCUUCUCCGGGCACGACCCAAGUCAGCCGCUCCAAGAGUCAAGCACAGACCUAAGUGCAGAGUUGGUCUAUUGCGAAGCUACAGGGGCAUUCUCAGAUGAUUUGCUACUCGAAGCGACGAAUUUGUGUCGCGAAGCGGCAAGACAAGUGUAUAUUGCAAUCAGGCAAAGUGGAUAAGAUCGAUGGCAAAAAGAAAAAUGCCACUUUUCUAAUGAGGUGACUAAAGGAGGCACUAUGUGAAGAACAAGUUAUCGUACCAUUUUUACUGUUACCGGAUAUCAGAAGAGGCCCUGCACAAGACCAUUUUCAUCCAGAUCGA